GGAUCUGGAGCUCCGGGAGCAGCAGCUUACCAGUUGGUCGACGAAUACAGCGCCGAGAACUUCUUCGACAAGUUCAACUACUACGACAAAUAUGACCCGACUUGGGCCCACGUUCAAUACGUGAACCAAUCAGUCGCCGAGCAGAAUGAAUACACAUAUAUCUCGGACUAUGAUACGGCUAUCAUUCAGCCAGACACGACCAAUCUGUGGCCAAGACCAGGAGCGGGGCGACCAAGUGUCCGCAUUACUUCCGACAACAGCUACUACCACGGUCUUUUCGUUUUCGAUGCGACGCAUAUGCCAACUGGCUGUGGAACAUGGCCCGCCUACUGGUUGUUGGGUCCCGAAUGGCCUGGUACUGGAGAGAUAGAUAUCAUUGAAGGCGUCAAUACUGUCGGAUUCAACACUAUGGCUAUGCACACCAGCCCAAACUGCAGUAUUGCUGGUGAUGACCAAGUAGCCACCUUCACAUCAGCCAACUGCGACUCGUCCGUGGCUGACAACCGUGGAUGUGGUUCAGAGCUUCAGGAUACUACAGCUUUGCCAAACAAUUACGGCGUCGACUUCAACGACAAUGGAGGCGGCGUUUAUGUGACAGAGUGGACCUCGAACUAUAUCAAGCACUGGUGGUUUCCCAGAGACAGCAUUCCGGACAGUAUCACUGCCGGAGCUCCAGAUGUCUCUGAGUUUGGAGUACCUGCAGUGAAUGCGCAAGGUAGCUGCGACAUCGACUCGCAUUUUCAGAACAUGAGCAUUGUCAUCAACAUUGCUUUUUGUGGAUCAUGGGCAGGGAGUGUAUACUCAUCUCAAUAUCCGAAUUGUCCACAGUCAGAUGCAACGAAUAGUUUGGACCGAUGCGUUGACUUCGUCGGCAACAAUCCCCAGAACUUGACUGAGGCCUACUGGGAUAUCAAUGGAAUUCAGGUCUACCAG